AUGGCAGACGAUCCAGAACUGCCUCCCCCGGAAGACCAGAGCUCAAGCGACGACGAGACUGUGAAAGGGGACCUCGAAGAGGGCCAUGUUGUCGAUAUAUUAGAGGAGGAGAGGCAGGCUGCAGGCACACCUGUCCAGCGGAUAGGCAAUGGGUCCAUUUCGCAUCUGUAUCGCAACAUCAUCGAGGCCGAGGCCGGUACCGACACCACCUCUGAGAAUGGCUCCAUCGAUGAUAUACCUCGGAGGGCUGGCAGUCCAAUCGACUCGCUGCUCUCCGUCCCAGGCUACUCCCCAUCUAUUCAGGAUUCGGUAAUAUCAUCCCCAAGCAGCAGCGUCCUCCCUUCCGUUGCAUCCAGACCAGGCUUGAACAGCCCGACCCCGUCCUUUAGACCCUUCGACCGUAGAUUCCAAUCACGAAUUUACUCUCCCAGCACCCUCUCUCCGCGCCCUUCAUCGCCUGCGUUCCGUCCGGGCCACAGCAGAAGCGCGUCUCUGAGCAGCCAAUUACUGCUAGAUGCUGGCGAAAUCGACACCCCGUCUCCACCAUGGGAAGUCGUGCGAUGGACGAAACUCAGGAAGCUAAACGGACAGGUAUUCUCCGAGGCUGGCAAGAGGAACUUCGGGUCGCCCACCUGUAUGGCCAUUUCCGCGUCGAUCGUCCUCGGAACAUCGAAGGGGAUAAUCUUACUGUUUGACUACAAUCAGAACUUGAAGUUGAUUAUUGGGCCUGGGACCAAAGCCGUCGAAUCAGGGCCCGUUACUGCGAUUGCUGUUUCUGCAGACCACACCACCAUUGCUGGCGGUCAUGCAACCGGCAACAUCUUCACCUGGGACACCACGAGGCCUUCGCGGCCAUUCCUCACUAUCUCGCAUCUCGACCCGUCGCAGGUGCAGAAUUUAACAGCGGAUGGCCACAUCCCUAACGUCGCCGUCACCCACUUGGGCUUCCUUGGCACCAGGCGUACAGCAUUGGUCUCGGCAGACGACCGGGGCAUGGCUUUUUCCCAUCUCGCAACGCGCGGCACUGGGGCCCUGGGUCGCACGGUGAAGACCACGCGCAUACUUGGCCGCUACCCCAACUCGAAGCCUCCACCGUCUGGCAAAACCCUGAAGCCGAGCACCGUGCUGGCAUUUGCGUCUCUGCCCCUCGGCAACGUCGAGAGAUCCACAGACUCGUUUGGCCUGACAGCGAUGUUGACCCCCUAUCUUCUUGUCAUCGUGUCCACUACCCCCGUUGCACAGACCCAACAUAAAUCAGCCAGGCCGAAGGAGGUGGCAGCUCACAGUGCCAUGACGGGAUGCUUAGCUUGGUUCCCCGCUGUCAAGUUGAAAGUCCCCGAUCCUACGACGGGGAGCCAGAUAUCCAAGGUCAAGCUUGCAUACUGCUGGUCCAACGUCCUUACGGUUCUGGACGUCGACGAAGUUCCGACCGAGAACAAAGACAAGCCGCCGUCCCUGAGCUUCCGGGCGCGCAGCCGGUGGAAGUGCGAGGAAGCCAUCGUUGCCGUCCAGUGGCUCAGCCGCUCAGUGCUGACGGUCCUGACCAUCACACAACGGCUGAUCGUGCUCGAGGAUCGGAGCAUGCGUAUGACUGAGGCAUUUGACCUAAUACACAAGCACAUCUACCACGUCGACCUCUUUUCUCGGCAGCUCCACAGCCUGGUGGAGCAGCUGGAUGAGGACGACGCCUCGAUGCAUGGCGUCGUUGCUGACGCCUUCUAUAUGGGCUUCAAAACCUACAAGGGCCGCCUGUUCCUCCUCGGAUUCAACGACGUCUCGAUAGGAACACUAUCCAACUGGGCGGAUCGGCUCAUUGCACUGAUGGAGAAUGGCGACUAUAUCGGCGCCAUCCAGCUUGCCGAAUCGUACUACACGGGCGACUCGGAUAAACUAACGGUUGGCUUGCCCGAGGACACGUCCCUGAGGCACGCCAUGGUCCAGGACAAGCUCAUAGAGAUCAUGAGCGCAUCGCUAAAAUAUGUUUUCGGCCAAAGGCAGAAGGACGGCGCCGCAGUGGACGACAAUCAUCUCCAGGAGUUGGCUCAAGUCUGCUUCACGGCAUGCCAGAGCGUGGGUGAUAUCGACUUCCUGUUUGACGUGGCCUAUGAAUGGUAUGAAGACGCUGACGCCGAAGGCGUCUUCCUGGAAAUUCUGGAGCCAUACAUUCUGGACAGGACUAUUACCGCUGUUCCGCCAGCUGUUGUCAAGGCAAUGGUCAGUCACUUUGUCAGCAAGGGGCUCGAGAGCCGACUUGAAGAGAUGAUCUGCCAUAUGGACACGGCAACUCUGGAUCUGGACCAGAUCACGGUGCUCUGCAAGCAGAACGGCCUCUAUGAUGCUCUGAUCUAUGUCUGGAAUCAGGCCUUGAACGAUUUCAUCACUCCCUUCAUCGACCUUCUGUCACUUCUGGUCCCUCUGAUGCAGACCGGAGAGUAUUCCGGGGCCGGGAACGUCAUGGACGAUGAGGCAGAUGGGGUGGACGCUCUGAAGAUCUUCCCCUACCUGUCUUAUAUCCUCACUGGACGCGUCUACCCCACAGGAGAGCUGAUACCGGACAGCGUGGCCCUCAAGGCGAAGGCCGAGCUAUACUGGUUCCUUUUCUCGGGGAAAAGCAUCUACUGGCCCAAGGGAAGCUCUAAAAGGUUUCUAACGAGGCCUCGACAACCCGAGGAACCGUCAUUCCCCUACCUGCGAAUGAUUUUGAAGUUCCACGCGCCGAGCUUUCUGAGUGCCUUGAACGAAGCAUUUGAGGAUCCAUUCUUGAACGAGUCGUCAGAGAAGCAGCUGAACGGGGGCGCAGCAGGAGACUUGCCCGAAGAGCAGAUUUUCGGUUUGACUGUGGACAGGCAAUUCAUCGUGUCUAUCCUGACCGAGAUUAUGAAUCCAGCCGACUUUGCUCCUGAGGACACCAUCUACCUGGACAUGUUCAUCGCUAGGAACCUUCCCAAGUACCCCCAAUACCUGCUCGUUCCAGGGUCGACACUUACCAAGGUUCUAACCGGGCUUUGCAACUACCCAGGCGAAGACCUUGCUGAAGAUGCGCAACUCAGCGCCGAGUAUCUUCUGUCCGUUUACCACCCCCCUGACAUGUCGACCCUGAUGCCGCUUUUUAAGGGAGCCGGAUUCUAUCGCAUUCUGAAGAGAACAUACAAAGCAGACAGACAGUAUGGGAAGCUCGUCCAAACAUACUUUGAAGACCCAGAUGAUCGCUCUGGUGUUUUUGGCUGCGUAGAGGAUUGUCUUCAGCCACGGGCAGGCCUCACGAGGCGCCAGAUCCAAGAUGUGCACCAGGUCCUCAAGGAACACGCCCGCGAAUUCAUCGAACUUGAUCCGGCUCUGGCUGCCGAAACCCUAGCAGCUCACGCACCUGAACUGCACCAGCAUAUUCUGACUGCCGCCGAAGAUGACCCGAAGCUCCAAUAUGAGUACCUUUGCGCCAUAUUGGAGCCGGAGGAUACCGUGUCGGACGGGAGACGCUCACCCGACCGCGAGUUGGUAGAGAAAUACGUGCAACUCAAGUGUCGAUUUGAUCCAUCCCACGUCUCUGAUUACGUUGGCCUGGUCCAGUCAGCCAGCCUGAGGCUUGAGAUGCUACUCCCUACCAUGGAAAAAACCGGAGUAAUCGACGCUGCCGUCGUGCUCAUGGCUCGCGAGGGACAGGUGCAGGAGGCUAUGGGCCGACUUGUUAAGCACCUUGAUACUCUCGAGUCCGCGCUUCAGGGGCUCUUGGCCGGUGCGGAAUCCGACCUAGACGCCGCUGACUUGCAAUCUUCGGCCGAGGAGCUCAUGCAGACCUUGCAAAAGUACAUCCACGUUGGUAUUUGGCUCUGUCAAGGCCAGACAAAGACCACCCGGGAGGCCAAUAGCAUGGCCCGGCGGCGGCAAAACUCACCAAACAAGGAUGUUCUCAGCCCCGACGAAUCUCUGUGGUUGGACCUGGUCGAUACUUCAGUGCAGAUUACGCGGCGUGUAUCAGCGGCCCUCGAGUCCCACUCAGAGGAGGCUUCUACUCCUCUACCAAACGGUGACACAAAUCAUACCGACGUGACAAGGGGCUUUGACAGCGAGAAGCUGCUGACUCUGCUCCGAUCGCUCGUCCAACACACUUUCACGGCACUUCUCACGUCGACAUCUACACCGGUGGCCUCACAAUCCGGGACCAGGGCUGCCCCUGGAAUGGGGAAUAAUCUGUCUUUCCUCCGGGUCCUGCGGGCUUUCCUGUCUCGCGCCGCGGCUGCAUCCCCGAGUCUUGCCGACCUCCGAGCUGUGCUGUCGUCCAUCUUCUCUGCCUACGCUUACGAGGAAUCCAUCCUGCAACUCUCGAGCCGGCUUCUCGAGCGCUCUCUAUUCGUCAGCGUCAGCCAAGCCGUCGAGCUGAGGCAGCGUGGCUGGAGGCCAAAGGGCUCGACCUGCGAAGCCUGUGGGCGCCGCGUGUGGGGUCCGGGCGUCGCGGGCAAUGUCUUCGAGGCCUGGGAGGAGAAGGAGGAGAUGGAAGAGAGGCGGCGGAAGGAGAGGAAGGCCUUGCCGGCUGGGACGUCCUCUGAUCGCGGGAAGGGGAAGGAAACGCAUUCUGAUGAGGACUACGACGGUAAGGGGAAGGGGAAGGGGAAGGGCAAGGAUCCUGAACCGAACAGACCAGCGCCCGAGAUUCACGCUGCUGGCGAAGGAGCCAAUGCAGAUACGGCCGGGCAGGAUGUCGAAUCUGGAGCGGCAGGGGAUACGAGUCCGCGCAGGAAAGACCAGACCCUGGGGCCGUUGGUCGUGUUGGCUUGCAGACACAUCUACCACCAGAACUGCCUUGAGGCAUUACAGCAGGCCAGGGAAAGCCAAGGGCUGGUGCACCGGGAAGGGAGGGAUAGGGAAUAUAGGUGUCCGAUUGACGGAUAG